AUGUGCAGUAGAGGCCAUUGGAGACCAGCUGAGGAUGAGAAGCUUCGGGAAUUGGUGGAACGCUAUGGACCUCAUAAUUGGAACGCCAUAGCUGAGAAGCUUCGAGGAAGAUCAGGGAAAAGCUGUAGGUUGAGAUGGUUCAAUCAAUUGGACCCAAGAAUAAACAGAAGUCCAUUUACAGAGGAAGAAGAAGAGAGACUUCUUGCUUCGCACAGGAUUCAUGGGAAUAGAUGGGCUGUGAUAGCAAGACACUUCCCAGGAAGAACUGAUAACGCCGUCAAAAACCAUUGGCAUGUGAUGAUGGCAAGGAUUCGGAGAGAAAAGUCCAAAGUUUAUAACACAAAACAGCCACUUUUUCCUCCAAACCUUGAGACAUCUAUUCCUUCUUUUGUUGAGAAGUAUUAUGAAAAGUUCAGCAGCCAUCACCACCACCACCCCUCUGUCACACACACACCAUUUCAGUUUGCCAAGAAGUUUCACUUUCAACAUCCAACUUCUGCUUCCACGGUGCCUCCAGAGAGGAGUCAAUCAGUGGAGUUCUAUGAUUUUCUUCAAGUAAACACAGAUUCCAACAAAAGUGAAGUGACAGACAUUGCCAGAAGAGAGGAGGAGGAAGUGAGUCAAGAUGGUGUGGGGCAGAAGAAUAUUGGUUUUCCAUUCAUUGAUUUUUUGUCUACAGGAACCUGCUAA